AGUAUCGUGCGGGAUUUAAGUUUGCUCACAACGCAGAGCCGCGUGGAAAAAUCGCGGAGGAUACCCAUAAAAAUUUCCUCUUUUGUGGAAUAUCAGUGUGGGAUUAAAUUAAACGUCACCACGAGACAGAUAUAUGUGUAAAACAUUAUGCUAUGUCCAAGUGCGAUAACCCCCAAAGUUUAUUUUUAGAACUUUUUCUACGUUGAAAGCUCAUUUAACGUGUGAAAAUUCCCCAACAUCCGGUAGAAGUUUUCCCUCGAGCUUCGUGGGUUUUUUUUUCAAAUUUAUUAUUACAUUUUUUUUCGAUAUCAAAUUUACGCUUCAUUAGGCCCCUACACACGGCUGUCAAAGUGAUUGAGUGCCGUAAAUAAACUGGCAGGAAGCCUACAUUGUGCAGAGACUCGUGCCAUCAUCACCAUACCACCCCGUGUAGGAUUUUAUACGGGGGGUGCUUUCCCACUGUGGUACUGAUGCGCGUUAGGGGAAGAAAUAAUAAUAAAAAACAACCUCAAUAGUGAUUCAAGCGUUGAGUUUUAAUGAUUAAAUAACCCCCAAUAGAGCGAUACCGGACUACGUGGGAGUUCUACUUCGACGAAUUUGUUUGUUAAUUGACAAGGGAUAAAUUCUAGGUGGGUGCAACAAUUAAAGGAAAAUUCUACUGUGGGUGUAGUGAUGUAAAAGUGCAAGAAGGGUUUUAAAUUCCCACAGAAAAUAAAUAAAGGAAAGUUUUACAUGUGAAGAAGACUCCGCCAAAGAAGCAAAACUACGAGAAAAGCCCUCGAGAAACCCCGCGGAUGUACGUUGGAAGAACUUUCAUCAAAAGUAUAUAGAUCAUCAUCGCUGUGAAUGUAUAUUAAAGCAACAAUGGAGGCUUACAAGAGAUCACCACCCCUGAAUGACACUCAAAGUUUCCAUUAAGGAACACCCCAGCAACCCCUAUCGAUGGCAUUGUGAGUGCAGUUCAUGAACUGUGUGUAUGUGGUGGGGGGAGCAAAGAAAAAGAAAAAGAGGAAAAUAAGAAGAAAAAAUUGAAGAAAAAAAUUCCGACAAGUUGGAAAUUUGCGUGACAACCAUUCCAUAUGCUGGGGGCCAGUGAUGAUCCCCUCAGGACAUUGUAGAGUACGAUGCGGGCCCCAGUCGGGCCGAUAUCAGCUCACCUUGCCGGGGGGCUUCUGUUGCAGCUCCUGGGUCUCCUUGUAACAUUGGCAUCUGUGGUUGCUGGACCGCGAUACAGUUCGCGCAUCGUUGAGACCAAGUCCGGUGCCAUUCGGGGUGUUAUUCUCGAACUUAAUUCUAAACAUUUGGAACCCGUUGAGGUUUUCAAAUCCGUACCGUACGCUGCAGCCCCUAUUGGGCCCUAUCGCUUUGCACCACCUCGCAAACUCAUCCCGUGGUCGGGAACUAAACUCGCAGACACCUUUAGCCCUGUGUGUCCUCAGAAUUAUCCAGACGUUGCAAAUCGAAGUGCCGCAUUAAUGUCGAUGCCAAAGGGACGAUAUCAGUAUCUGAAGAAAGUCAUUCCACUUCUUAUGAACCAGAGCGAAGAUUGUCUCACACUCAACAUCUAUGUUCCUGGCAGUGGAAAUCGUGGCCUGGAAGCACCAUAUUCGGUCUUCUUCUACAUUCACGGUGAAUCCUUUGAAUGGGGCUCCGGAAAUCCCUACGACGGCUCCGUGCUAGCCAGCUACGGUCACGUAAUCGUGAUUACAGUCAAUUAUCGCCUUGGAAUUCUUGGUUUCAUUAAACCAAAAGCCAGCGCCCCAGGGGGCAAUUUUGCACUCUUGGACAUCUUGGCUGCUCUCCAGUGGACACGUGACAACAUUGCAGCCUUCGGUGGUGACCCCAGCCGCGUGACCAUUGUAGGGCACGACACUGGAGCGGCUCUUGCAAAUUUGGUGCUCAUCUCUAAGGCAUCCAAAGGCCUGACCCAUCGUGCCAUCCUCCUAAGUGGGUCAGCACUGAGUCCAUGGGCAAUUAUUCCCAACCCCGACAGAGUACGUGAAGAAGUAUCGCAGCAAAUGGCCUGCCAUUUGGACACGAGUGGCGUGAAGAGGAAUGCCAAGGACGUGACGGAGGAUGUGAGUGAGUGUUUGAAAUCGAAGCCCCUGGAGGCACUGAUGGGUGUACGACUGGAGACGGUGAGGUUUAUGCCAUCAUGGGGACCAACAAUACCCCUCGAUGAUGCUCCUGAUCCGGAAUUUGCCAUGGAGCAUAGCAGUGAGAGCUUCAUAACCAGCGAACUCAUGAUCGGCAUGACCACAACUGAGAGCUACAAUGAUUUUAGUGCAUCGGAUAUUCAGUACGGGCUUGAGGAGGAGCAAAGGAAUCGCUUGUUGCGCACCUACAUACGUAACGCCUUCACUUAUCAUCUCAAUGAGAUCUUCUCAGCCGUCCGGAAUGAAUACACCGACUGGGACAAACCCAUACAACAUCCAAUUAAUAUCCGGGAUUCAACAAUGGAGGCACUAAGUGAUGGGCAUACAGUUGCACCACUCAUAAAGACUGGCUACUUGCACGCACGCCGGGGCGCCAAGACGUACCUCUUUCACUUUGGCUACCAGACGAAGGAUUCGGAGUAUCCACAAAGAUUGGGAUCUGUUCGUGGUGAGGAUAUUCCGUACAUUUUUGGGCUCCCCCUUGUUUUGGGGAUGCCCAAUUUUCCCCAAAACUACUCACGCCAAGAUAUGGGAGUGGCUGAAGCUGUUCUAAAUUUUGUCACAAACUUCUGCAAAACCGGAGAUCCCAACGAAGCUGGGCAUCAACAGGCUAUGCUCCAUCCGGACUAUGGGACAGCGCGCGAGAGGACACGCUACCGGGGACUCACCUGGGAAACGUACGAGACAACAACACAGCAGUACCUAAGCAUAUCUCUCAAGCCGAAAAUGAAGAGUCACUAUCGUGGCCAUAAAAUGUCCGUGUGGCUGAAUCUCAUCCCUCAGCUCCAUCAACCGGGUGAUCCUGAAGUAUCUAUGCGUCAUCACCACUUCAGGGAGCGUGAUCCGAGUUACUAUGCCGGUGCCGUUCGUGCUGAAUCCUUUACUCGUCCCAAAAUCCUCUACCCGGCUGAUCCAGUUAAUGGUGUCCAGGAAUCGCGUCAGGAAAACUAUAAUCCCGAAUGUACGCCCGAUCCCACCUUUGGGGAAGCACUCCAGGACACCGAAGAUACAACACUCUCCGCCGAUGAGGAGGAGGAAUUACUCCAAAAGCUCGCCACACGACAUUACUACAGCAGCUACACUGCCGCCCUGGGCGUCACGGUGGGCGUGGGUUGUCUCCUGCUCAUCCUCAACAUGCUAAUAUUCGCGGGGAUUUAUUAUCAACGGGACCGCUCUCGCCGAAAAAACCGAACACUCCGUCGCCAUCAGAGCUCCAGCUCCGGACACGGGAGUCCCGUGGAUGGAGAAAUUCCAUUAACAGUGCGCCCCAACAAUUCGCCAAAUGGGAAAAAACUGUCGGAGCCACCGCCCAACUAUACAACCCUUCAGAAACGUAGCCCCAAUACCCUCAGGAAGGACCAAUGUGAAACACUAACGCGAAAAGGGCACUCGGAAAAAUGCAAGCAGGGCCACCAUCACUCCGCAUCGUGCCCAAAUCAACAUAAAUGCUCAUCAAUGGCAAAAUCUCACCAUGGAGCUCCGCCACAGCCGCCAAUUCGAACGUCCAGCAAUCCAGAUGGAAGUCAAGGUGGUGCGGGUGGGCCAAACAUGAUGGACAUUGCCCACCUUCACGUACCCUCGGCAAUGGCACCGAGUAGUAGUCCAACGGCGGGCGGUGGUGCAGGAAAUACAUCUACCCUGAAGAAGAGGGUGCAAAUACAAGAGAUAACCGUAUAGCACAGGUACAGCACAGCCGAUCUCAGAGAGGCUGUGUGAGACCCGAUCAAACCCCUCCUCAUACAUAUAAAUUCAUCCCCUCUACAUACCCACAUAAAUACAUAUAUAUAGGACAGGUAUAAACAUAAUUUUUAUCAUUUCAUUUCAUUCACAUUACAAAAUUUCACCCCUUUGGAGGUUUUUUGAAAUGUUACGCAGGAGCCAAUACACUGUGAGAAAUCGUUUGAGAACACAAUAAUUUUGUUUUUUACAAUAUAGGCCGUGAUAUUUUAGCGUGUAAACUUUUGUAAAAUUAUAUUUAAAGAAAAAAACUAAAACACAUUAAGAUUAUAAACCACGUUUAGAUAAAAAAAAAUUUGAAUAAAUUCUUGUGACUCAAAAACACAUUUAUCAUCGUGAUAUAGGAAGAAAUAAAAAAGAAAUGAAAAUUUGUAUAUAAAGUAUUUGAAGACUCUUUAACAUUUUCAUGGGGAGGUGUAUGUACGUAAGACAGGGUGGCCAUAUACUAUUAAUCAAAAUGAGGGAAGAACAUUCAAAACUUUUUGAUAAAGAAAAAACUUCUUGAACUGAUGAAAAUUGAUUGAUUUCUUUUAAAAUGAUUUAAUUAUCAAUUCAAAUUAAGAAAAUAAUAAGAAAUUCUUUUUUUUUUUCUUUUUAAAAAUCGAUCAAAAUAUAAUAUCUAGGUAAAAAAAAGUUAAUCUGUGUUUCCCUGAGAACAUUUCUAAUAGUUUUUCAAAAGGUCUUCUGUGCAAGAAAUCUGCAAAAUAUUCAUAAUGAUUUGAGAAUAAUAUAAAAAAAGGAGCUUAUUAAUUUUUGUAUGGAACAAAAUAUUUAACAAUUGAAGAAAUAUCUAGGAUACACGUUAGUCUUAUGGAUGAAAUGAAGGAAAAAGAAUAAAAAAUCACUGAAGAGACUUUGCGUUUUCCACAGGGAUUAUCUGGGAAAAACAGACAAAGAUUUGCCCAAAAAUUCAAACAAUGACGUCACCGUUGUAUUAGUACGUACUAACUUUAAUGCUAAUGUUUCGACGUUGAGUUUUAACGUGAUAUUCAAAUGAUUCGAGCAUUAAGAAAGAUAAAAAUCGCAAUAGUGACGUCAUUGUUUGUAUUUUUGACCAAAUAUUUGUUUCCUUCUUCAGCUGAUCUCACAAUAGAAUUAGAAUAGAUUUAUUCUUCAUUUAUUUAUAUAUUCUAUAAGAUUACGCGUAUCUCUAUUAUUAUUUGGAAUAUUGGAUUUUUUCAUACUAAAACGAAUAAAAUCCUUAGGGAAUAUUCGUAAUCUUUAUUACAAAUAUUUAAAAAUAUUUUUCUAAAAUUUGAAAAUAUCGAUAUAUCUUGCAAAUAUUACGAAUAUUUGAGGUAAUAUUUAUUCUUAAUUUCCUCUUUUUUUGUAUAAUAAAUUCGUUUAAUUGGUUUAAUUACUCUCCUUUUUUUUUCUUUUUUUUAUUGAACAACAACCAGCAAUUAAUUCAGUCCGGAAACAUUUUUCAUCAGACUUUUAUCCUUUAUAAAAAAUAUAGCUUUCAAAAAGUAAAAUAAAUUGCAAAAAAAUAAUUGAUUGAUGCAUUUCGUGGUAAAAAAAAAUUACAUAUUAUUUCCCUAAUUGUGGAUGAUGAGCUCAAAGGAAAAUAUUUAUCAUUUGCAAAUAUUUUUAAUAAUUCUCAGAAAUUUUAUUAAAAUGUGGGAGAGACUAAAAGGCUACUUUCAGGGAAGCACAGAGAAAUUCAAUUUUAUCAUUUUUUUAAUGAAACAAUUUUCUGAUAAAACAAACUACAACUAUACAUAUUCAGUGUACUUUAAAAAGCAUGACGAGUUGGUAAAAAUGUGGCCACAAGACACAAAAAUUACAAUUAAAUGAAAUAAACGGAGGAGAGAUACCUAUAAAUGAGAAAAACUCUGAAGAAAAAAAAAUCAAUGGACAUGUUUAAAUUCCAUCGUUAUGGCCAACGUGUAUGAAAUGGAAUUGUUAUCAUGUAAAUUAGUUUUGUGGGAGGAAAAAAGAAACAAUGUGUACAUAAAUUCAUAUAUAUAUAUAAUAGUUUUGGGUGGGAGCGAGAAGUGGGGUUGAAAAAAAAACAUAUAACAAGUAAAUAAAAAUUGUGAAAAACAAGAUUAAAUAGGAAA